CCUGACGGGGAAGCGAUGGAGGCCGCGGCCGGAGGGAGCCGGGCGGGCGGCCCCGGCGAGCGGGAGCGGCGGGUGCGAGCGCUGAGCGCCGCCCUGCGGGCCCGGCUCGGGCCCUACGAGCCGCUGCUGAGCGCGCUGCAGGCGGCGCUGGUCUGGGAGCGGCCGGGCCGCAGCGCGCUGGGCUGGGCGGGCGCGCACGGCGCCUUCUGUUUUUUGGCACUGACUUCCCUUCGGCUGGUGUUCUUGGUCUCAUUUGGCCUGAUAAUAAUAGUUUGUUUAGAUCAAUGGAAGAAUAAAAUCUGGCCUGAAAUUAAAGUGGCAAGAUCUGACGAAUUGGACAAUGAGAGCUGGGGCUAUGUUCACCCUCAGUUGCUGAGUGUGCCGGAGCUGUGUCACCAUUUAGCUGAUGGAUGGGUUACUGGGGUCACCUUCUUAAGGAAUCUCUUCGUUUUCAAAAGGCAAAAUCCCGGCAAGUUUUGCCUUGUAGUGUGUGGAGUCUUUACAUUCUUGGCUGUUCUGGGCCGAUACAUUCCUGGACUCUUGCUCUCAUACCUUAUGCUGCUGUUCAUCCUGCUGUGGCCUCUCGCCGUGUACCACAGACUGGGGCAGCGCAUGUACAUGAAGCUGGAGCCAGCUCUGCAGCGGUUGGAUUUCAGCGUUCGAGGCUACAUGAUGUCAAAGCAACGAGUGAAGCAAUUGCGCCAGCGAGCGCUGAACCAGGAGCCUGCUGAUGCUGGGACUGACAGUGAAGAAGAACUUGCUGCAUUCUGUCCCAAGCUGGAUGACUCUGUAGUUGCUAAGGAACUGACUAUCUCCGACUCUGAGCAUUCAGAUGCUGAAGUUUCCUACACUGAGAAUGGGACGUUUAACCUGUCAAGGGGACAAACUCCACUGACUGAGGGAUCUGAAGAUCUUGAUGGUCACAGUGACCCUGAAGAAUCUUUUGCCAGGGAUCUCCCUGACUUCCCUUCCAUAAAUCCAGAGGUGACUGGAAUAGAUGAUGAAGAUGACACCAGCAUUGGGAUUCCCAGCCUUGCUUACCGCUCGCAGGGCAUGGAUGAGCUACGUCACCCGUAUGACCAAGAAGAAGCUGUCCCUGCGCUCCUACUAGGGGCACUACCCUCUGCACACAAUCUUACAAAUAACUUAGCUGGAUUUGUCACCAGAGGCAUGAUACAAUUAGCCUUGUCAGGAGCCUCUGAGCCAGGCCCUGUAUACAGUGACAAUCCCCAGAGAGGCACAAAAACCUAUCUUAGAACCUCCAGCUCUGACUUGGACACUGAUGCAGAAGGGGAUGACUUUGAACUGUUGGAUCAGUCCGAGCUGGAUCCAGCUGGCUCCCGAGGCCAGUAAGCAAUCACACUUCCUUUCCUUCUGAUUUUUCUGUCAUGAGUAGCAGAGGGGAAUCUUCAGAAGAAAAAGCGUUGUACAGUAAUCUAAAUGGUCUCCUGUGGGUACAAGUAGUAUGGCAACCAAUCCUGGCUGGGUACAUCACUGUGCUGUGAAUUUGUGGGGCUAGCUUGGAUUUCAAAAUAAACCAUGCUUUGGUAAUUCA